CGUGACCGAUCACGUGCUGUUGACGUCACCGAAGGUCCUUUAGCCUGCUAGUUGUAGCAGGAGACGGAGCUGUUCGUACUGGUCGUGUGGAUGUUCUCCAAGCAUCUGUAAGGGUUUCCCUUUUGACCGGAGGAAUGGCCGCCCACGCGUUGGGUUCUCGACCUCGCACUGGAGACGUUUUGCAGGGCCCUGGCGAGGCUAGUGACUUCAGUUCUCUGCUCCUGUCCCGGCCUGUUCUUGAGGGCCUAGAGGCAGCUGGCUUUACCAAACCCUCUCCAAUACAGAGCAAGGCUAUACCGCUUGGAAGGUGCGGUUUAGAUUUAAUCGUUCAGGCUAAAUCCGGCACUGGAAAAACUUGUGUCUUCUCCACCGUGGCAUUAGAUUCUUUGAUUCUGGAAAAUAUUGCAACCCAGAUUUUGGUCUUGGCUCCAACAAGAGAAAUUGCAGUUCAAAUCCAUUCAGUUAUUAUAUCUAUAGGGAUUUGCUUGGAAGGGUUGGAGUGCCAUGUUUUCAUAGGAGGGACUCCGCUGCCACAAGACAAAGUUCGGCUGAAGAAGUGUCACAUAGCUGUGGGCUCGCCUGGCCGAAUAAAGCAAUUAAUAGAAAUUGGCUAUCUCAACACAUCCAGCAUUCGUCUAUUUAUCCUUGAUGAAGCAGACAAACUACUAGAAGAAGGAAGCUUCCAGGAGCAGAUUAACUGGAUUUACUCCUCUCUUCCCGCCAACAAGCAAAUGUUAGCCGUUUCAGCCACAUACCCAGAAUCCCUAGCUAAAGCACUGACAAAGUAUAUGAGGGAGCCAACCUUUGUCAGGUUGAAUGUAACUGACCCCAGCCUUAUAGGGUUAAAGCAGUAUUACAAGGUGGUGAAUUCUCAUCCUCUUCCACACAAAACUUUUGAAGAGAAGGUUCAGCACUUGCUUGAAUUGUUCUGUCGAGUUCCGUUCAACCAAGCCUUGGUAUUUUCUAACUUACAUAGCAGGGCUCAACACCUCUCUGAUGUUCUCACAGCCAAAGGAUUUCCAGCAGUGUGUAUAUCUGGCAGUAUGAACCAGAGCCAAAGACUUGAUGCUAUGGCCAAACUGAAGCAGUUUCAUUGUCGUGUCCUGAUUUCCACUGAUCUGACCUCACGUGGUAUUGAUGCUGAGAAAGUGAAUUUGGUUGUAAAUCUGGAUGUACCAUGUGACUGGGAGACAUAUAUGCACCGAAUCGGGAGAGCCGGCCGUUUUGGUACCUAUGGACUUUCCGUCUCUUUCUGCUGCCGGGGAGAAGAAGAGAAUUUGAUGAUGUCAAUAGCUCAGAAGUGCAACCUUCAACUACUUCCUCUACCUGAGCCAAUUCCAGAUGGGCUAAUGGACGAAGCUUGUGACUGGAACGUUGAGAUCAUGUCCAUGAAGAACACAUCUCAAACUGUCAUGUCUGAAGUCAAAAUGCAUGAAUCAAGCAAAAUGCAAAAUACAGGCAUAAAUGCCUUACCAGAAUUAAGCAGCAAAAAUACUAAAAGAACUCAACCGAAGCAAAAGAAAGUUGCCAAAAAGACUACAGAGAGAGAAAAUCCACAGGAAUGUCUGCACAUGGAGACGUCUAGCUUGCCUAAGAAACCAGCUGAUAACAGUAAACCUAAAAAGACAGAAGGCUUGGGGAAGGAGGGUAAAAUCCAGCAGGGGCUGGAUAAUUCCCUUCCUAAAAUCCCAAGUUUAUCUUCUUUCAAACAUCCCGUGGUGUGCACAUCAUCCUUUGCCGAGCUCGUCGAAGAUUAUGAACAGUUUAUCAAGGAAGGCUUAGAGAAACACGUGGAAAUCAUCCGCGUUUACACAGGAGGUCACGCAGAGAGACUCUCUUCUGAAAACUCGAUAGACAUGUCUUCAGAUGCUGUAAACACCCCAGAGCAAUGUAACCUAAGUGUGGACUCCAGUGAUGAAAGUUAUAGCUCAUCCAGCUCCUUAUCGGAUUGUGAGGACAGUAGUGAGGAAUCCAGAGAUUCGCAGGAGAAACCGAAGGCCGAGGAACGGUCAAGUUCCUGUCCAGAUCUUCCUGCUGAAAGGACAGAAGGGGCUGCAAUGUGCCCGGUGAAUGUGGAUGACUUUCCAGAACCUCCAGAAGACGUGCAGCAGGCAAGCCUGGUCAAAGCAAACUGUUCUGUUGGUAAAGGUGUAAUUAUCGAUCAUUCCAAAAAGGUUCGGAAACGGGGUAAAAAAGUAACCCAGCUGUCCAGAAGAGAACUGUGUACGGAAGCUCAGGAUGACAUGUACCAGCUGGACUAUAUGAAUGCCAGGGCAUAUCCUUAUGGUACCACGAGUUACGCUGACUACUGGCGAUCAUAUUAUCAAGCAUGGCAGCACUACCAUUCCACUGCCUCAAGCCCUUAUUACAGAAACGUUUACAAAUGCUCCAACUGGAUGUCCGCCUACCACAUGCACUCCUUGUACCUCCACGAGAUGCUGAAGCCUUGAUGCCUCCUAGCAGAAGCGCCUUCAUCGCUCUCUACAUUCAGUUUAUUCUCCAUCUGUCUCCAAAACGUUUGGUUGAUUCUGCCGAAGACGGAUCUUUAUUUUACUUCUGGUUUAUAUCAUAAGACCUGUGCAUGGUUUGGAAAGAUUAUUAACCAAUGGCCGAAUCGUUUAUUAACCCUUACCAUUCCGUAGUGCAAAUUUCAAUCAUAACUUUUACGUUCCAGUGCAGAACUGCCAGUCCUGUCGAGUGCCUUUAUGAACGCCUAAAGGAAGACCAAACAACCAGAAAGUUUCUAAGAAUUAAAGUGUACCUAUCUGCCCUGGAGACUUGUGUGUUUUAGUAACAUUUGUUAUUCCUCCUAGAAUUGUCAAUUGUCACCUGGAUGUUACCUUUCUCCUUUGUGAACAUGUUUUGGUGACUGUGUAGAAACUUGUGCUCUGGUCAAGGAGAAUUUUGAUGCUUAGUUGUCUUAUUCGUGAGACCUGAAAGGUCUUCUUUAAAGCAAACCUUUUGGGGGAUUUCUGCUGCCCUGUCUGAGAGUAGUGUAUGAUAGAGGGAGAGAAGCCGAGAUCUGUGAUCUAUAAGUUUUUAUAAGAUUUGGAAGAGGUUUUCUGAGUAAAAAGCAGAGUAUAUGUGAAUACGUAGCGGAAACUGUUGAUCUUCCACCCCGAUUUACAGAUGUAUUAGGGCAUCAGAUAAGCGGUGUGGACAGAGUCAUCGGGGGUCGCUGUCUCUCCUAGGAGUUCUGACAGGGAGUGCUAUGCUCUUUACUCAGAAAUCCUGCUCCAAGUCAUAUAACGCUAUGGAUCACGGAGCUCAGCAUCUUUCUGGAUAGGACCGCUUCACUGUAAUCACAUACAUAUUACAUACACGAUGGAAGCUGUCACAACCGGUGAUGCUUGAGAAAAGGGAUUCAGGACUAAUCUAAAGGUAUGUUACAAAUGACGUGUCAGUCUGUCAAAGAGCUAUCGAAAAGACCCGCAAAUGU